CAUGGCCUUGUUGGUGGAGACUCUAGUUUUGUGUGGGAACCUCAGUAGUAAUUCCUGAUUAGUCUUGGCAAAAAGUACUGUGGCAGCUCUCACAGCAGUGGUGUUUGUGAAGUCAAGUGUACGUUCAUUUACAUGGCAUCAACUGGCUUAUCAGGAGAACUGAAGUGCUCCAUCUGCCUCAGCAUCUACACGAAUCCUGUAAUGCUAACCUGUGGCCAUAACUUCUGUGAGAACUGCAUUGAAAAUGCCUUGGAUAGACAAAGGAGAUCUGGGAUUUACACUUGUCCUGAAUGCAGAAAACAGUUUACAAGUCACCCUGUGCUUCAGAAGAACCUAAAGCUGAGCAAUAUUGUGGAACACUAUCUUUCUAGUUGUCAGAGUCCUCAUGACGAAGAGUCUUUUUGUACAUAUGGUGUAGCGUCCAAUCAUGUAUGUGAUCCUGCUUCUUCUUUAAAGCCCCAUAAAUGUCCUGACCAUAACGAACUGCUAAAAUAUUUUUGUAUUCAAGAUUCUUCUCCUCUGUGUACUAGGUGCACCAUGAAUAACAAACAUAAAGGUCAUGAUCUAGAGCUGCUAAGUGAAGCAGGUGACAAAAAGAGACUCAGAUUGUGUGAUUUUGUCAAAAAACUGACAACGAAAACUGAGAACACUGAAAAUAUUCGCUGUAAAGUAGAAAACUACAAGAGAGGCAUGCUAGACAAAGCGGAUGUAAUGAAAGACAGGGUUGUUGAUCUCUUUGGUGGCAUUCGAGAACAACUAAAUACCUUGGAAAAUGAAGUUCUAGCUGAGAUUAACCAGCAGGAAAAGGUGAUUUCUAGGCAAUGUUCCCAAGAGAUCCAGAGGAUUGAUGCAGAAAUAAGCGCACUAUACAAGAGAAAAAUCCAAAUUCAACAGACUUGUAAAAUUGCGGAUCACUUAACUCUUCUGCAACAAGAUGAUUUUGAUAUGGAUUUGCGGCCAAUUGAAGUUGGUGUUGAUAAUUUGGAUGAGGAGAUGAUCACCGUGAUCAUAAUGAGUGCUCUCAGUAGACUAAUGGAAGGAAUUCCUUCUGUGAAGAAUGAAUGUGGAUUUCAUAUAGAAGAUUCCUCUGAUCUGAUACUGAAUGUGAAUACGGCAGACCCCACCAUUGCUCUUUCCUAUGACUUGAAAGAAGCAUCGGGCCCUUACUACAAACAUAGAGUACGACCUCAUCUUCCAGAAAGAUUCUAUAGUCAGCAGGUUCUAAGUACCAAAAGGAUAGCUUCAGGUAAACAUUACUGGGAAAUAAAAGCCAGUGAAGAUGGUGACUGGUCCGUAGGUGUGACCUACAACAGUGUUCGGAAAAGUGGAUAUUGUUCCCAGCUGGGCAAAAAUAACAAAUCCUGGUGCAUAAGCUGGAGCGAUUUAUGGGAUCAACUUUAUGCAGAACAUGAUGAUGAACAAGAAGAUUUAUUUCCGAACUUCACACAUGAACUUGGUAUAUACUUGGAUUAUGAAGGUGGGAUUGUGGCUUUUUAUGCGCUCUCUAACCCAAUUGAACACUUGCACACGUUCUAUGAUUCUUUUACACAGCCCCUUCAUCUUGGGAUAUAUACAGAUAUGGGCACAGCCAUCACAAUUUGCAGAUAAAGACUUGCAUCAGUUUUUGUGCUGUACGAGAGUUGAUUGUAAUAUUUAAUUUAAGAUGUAUAAUAUAUUAUCUAUAAUGUAUUGGUUUUAAAAACUAGGUGUUAAAUAAAGUUGUGAUAACUCAU